AAUAAUUUUUAGGAUUGUUAGAUAUCUAUUUAAAUCCUAAUCCAAUAGACCCUGUCAGUUUCUCCAGCUCUUCUUCUUCUUCACAUUGGAUGUUCCAGUCUCUCUCUGUUUCUGGUUCUAUUUCAAUACAGUAAAAAAACAACCGAUGGCAUCGCCAUUAUUGCGAUCAUCAUCAACAUCAUCACUACCUUCAGCUUCUUCAAGUAGAAUCAGGGUUUCUUCUUCAACAACAAGAGAAGGUACAGCCAAAGCAACAGUAACCGAUCAUAUAUCUCAAGCUGUUCAAUCUACUUCUAAUCUCUUACAACUCAUGCAACAAUCUUCUCCUUCUCAGGCUCAUUUGUUAAAGCUUCCGAAAAAUUUAUUGGUAAAAACAGCUACAAUUAAGAAUACAGCACAAGUAUUAGAACAAAUGCCUCGAGUCAUUUCAGCGUUGGAUGCCCAUAUGGAAAGUGGACUACAGAGCGUUCCUCAUUUGAAGACUGUGACACAGUUACUAUCAACCAUGGAAAGCACACAGCUUCAGCACUCCCUUCGUGUUCAUCAGCCUCAAGAGGUAGCUGGUGAAGCCGAUAAACUUCCAGAACCACAUAGCUGAGUACUGAGUAGAGUUUGACAAAAGUUGUCCUCACAUGCCCUCGACUCUGGUAUUAAUGGCAACCGCACGAUGAAACUUAGCUUAUAUAAAGACAACUCUCUUUAUUGAUGUUUAGAAAAUCUCUCAAAACUAAACACAAGCUCUAAUCUUGCUCAUAUGAUCAACCACAACUUUGGUGAUCAUAUAUAUAU